GGCAGUGAGUGUAUGACCCUGAGUAUAAAGGCAGGCCAGCUGAGACAAAUCAAGUUCAUGCACAAGAAUCCUGUCGCAGCGGCAGAGCUCUCUGUAAAUCUGACCCUUUUCUAGCGACACACAUGCUAACAAGGACACCUGUGCCAGCUGAUAACACUCUUGGAUGUCUGAAGACUGAAAACACAGUCUGCUGCUUUAUCUUUUAGUUAAGUAAUCUGAGAAACAUCUGCAGCAGUCCUGAUGGAGAGGAUCAAGUCCAACGGAGGGGGGCAUCUUAACUCUGCUUACGAUGCAGCUCCGGAUGAGCCUCCAGUCUAUGAGGAGACCAACUUUCCCGGCGAGGAACACCGGACCAUCCGGCCCUCGGUGAUCAGUGCUUUUGGUCAUGACACUUUGGACCGAGUGCCCAAUAUUGACUUCUACCGUAAUGCUGGCAGUGUGAGUGGUCACCGAGCUGUGAGGCCAUCUCUACAGGAGCUCCAUGAUGUGUUCCAGAAGAACGGAGCGAUCUCUGUGCCAGAAACUCUGGAGGACGAUGGGGAGAAGAGUGACGGGACCCCCUUUGAUGACCUGGAGUCGGCCGACACCAGUGACGACAAAGGACUGGUGAAGUUUGGUUGGAUAAGAGGAGUUCUGGUGAGAUGUAUGCUGAACAUCUGGGGAGUCAUGCUGUUUAUCCGUCUGUCCUGGGUUUUUGGUCAGGCAGGAUGGGGCUUGGGAAUUGUGGUCAUUGCUCUCAGCUGUGUGGUCACCACCAUCACAGGCCUUUCGAUGUCUGCCAUCUGCACUAACGGUGUUGUUAGAGGAGGAGGGGCCUACUACCUGAUAUCUCGCAGUUUGGGACCGGAGUUUGGGGGAUCGAUUGGUCUCAUUUUUGCCUUUGCCAACGCCGUGGCUGUAGCCAUGUAUGUGGUGGGAUUUGCUGAGACUGUGGUUGACUUACUGAAGGAACAUGCUAGUCUGAUGGUGGAUGAAAUCAAUGACAUCAGGAUAGUCGGCUGCAUCACAGUGGUGUUGCUCCUGGGUAUUUCAGUAGCUGGAAUGGAAUGGGAAGCAAAGGCACAGAUUGUUCUGCUCGUCAUCCUGCUGGUGGCCAUAGUGAACGUAUUUGUAGGAACAGUCAUUCCAGCAACAGUCGAUAAGAAAUCAAAAGGCUUUUUUGGUUACACUUCAACAGUCUUCCAAGAGAACUUUACACCAGCUUUUAGGGAUGGUGAAACAUUCUUUUCUGUGUUUGCCAUCUUUUUCCCUGCUGCAACCGGAAUUCUGGCAGGAGCAAACAUCUCUGGAGACCUGCGGGAUCCUCAAGCUGCCAUCCCCAAAGGUACAUUGUUGGCCAUCUUCAUCACUGGUGUCACCUACCUCGCAGUGGCUCUUUGUGUUGCUGCUACCGUUGUUCGGGAUGCCACUGGAAAUGCGACUGACCUUGUUAUUCCUGGCGUGGCGUGUAACAACUCAGCAGUAGCUGCCUGUGAACUUGGCUAUAAUUUUUCUUCCUGUGCAGUAGACACAUGCAAAUUUGGCUUGAUGAACAAUUUUCAGGUAAUGACAAUGGUGUCAGGGUUUGGUCCUCUCAUCAUUGCAGGGACAUUUUCAGCCACUCUGUCCUCAGCUCUUGCCUCCCUAGUUAGCGCUCCAAAAGUCUUCCAGGCGCUGUGUAAAGACAACAUCUAUAAGGCCCUGCACUUCUUUGCCAAAGGAAACGGCAAGAACAAUGAGCCAAUCCGUGGUUAUGUCCUCACAUUCAUUAUUUCUGUGGCCUUCAUUCUCAUUGGUAAUCUGAACACCAUAGCUCCUAUCAUCUCCAACUUCUUCCUGGCCUCUUAUGCUCUUAUAAACUUCUCUUGUUUCCAUGCAUCCUAUGCAAAGUCUCCAGGUUGGAGGCCAGCUUAUAAAUAUUACAACAUGUGGCUGUCGCUGCUGGGGGCUCUGCUCUGUUGUGUUGUUAUGUUUGUCAUCAACUGGUGGGCUGCUCUGCUCACAUAUGGAAUAGAAAUCCUGCUUUACAUUUACGUCACAGUGAAGAAGCCAGAUGUGAACUGGGGUUCGUCCACACAAGCGGUGACGUUUGUGAGUGCUGUCAGCAACGCUCUGUCUCUAGCUGGAGUUGAAGAUCAUGUCAAGAACUUCAGGCCUCAGAUCUUGGUUCUAACGGGCUCAGCGCGGACCAGGCCAGCUCUCCUGGAUCUGGCUCACUCCUUCACUAAGAACUAUGGACUCUGUCUCACCUGCGAAGUUUUUGUGGGCCCAAGGUCAGAGAUUUAUCAGGAGAUGAAUGCCGGGAUGGAAAAGAAUCAACAAUGGCUCAAUAAGACCAAGCGGAAAGCGUUUUAUGCUGGUGUGGCCUGUGACAACUUCAGGGAAGGAACCGAGAGUCUGCUGCUGGCUUCUGGUCUUGGACGCAUGAGGCCUAACACAUUAAUGAUAGGCUUUAAGAACAACUGGAGAACAGCAGGCAGAGACGCAGUGCAGAGUUAUGUGGGAGUACUGCACGAUGCACUUGAUUUUGAGUAUGGGACAGUGAUCCUGAGGAUAAACCAGGGACUGGAUGUGUCACAUCUGGUAGCAGAAGAGGAGGAAAUGUUAAAGGCAGCAAGGGAGCAAGAGGCUCUGGAUAACCAGAUGAUGACAAAUGGAGGGAAAGCAAAGGGACUCUUCAGGAAAUCCAGAAAUUCUUCUCAGCAAGUUCUCACAACCAGAGUGUCCGUGUGUGGCCCUACACCUGCCCAGGUAGCCAAGAUGAAUGAGAAGCUGAUGGAGGCCAGUGGUCAGUUCAAGAAGAAGCAGCCUAAAGGCACCAUCGAUGUGUGGUGGCUGUUUGACGAUGGAGGUCUGACCCUGCUGCUCCCCUACAUCCUCACCACAAGGAAGAAGUGGAAAGAUAGUAAAUUAAGGAUCUUCAUUGCUGGACAGCCUGGACGCAGUGACCUAGAUAAAGAGGAGAUGAAGUCUCUGUUAAAGAAAUUCAGAAUCAAGUGCAGUGACAUCAAUGUUAUUGAUGACAUUCACAUCAAACCCCGUUCGGACAGCUUGAAGAACCUAGACGACAUGAUCAAGCCUUUCUGUCUGCAUGAGGGGUCUAAAGACAUGAUUCAGGCUGAUGUGAUGCAGAAGGAGCACCCCUGGAAAAUCACUGAUGCAGAGCUGAGCAGCUUUGAGGAGAAGACUCACCUUCAGGUUCGACUCAAUGAGCUCCUUCAGGAAAACUCCAAAUCAGCAAAUCUGAUUGUUGUGAGCAUGCCCAUUGCUCGUAAGGAAUCCGUGUCUGACUUCCUCUACAUGGCCUGGCUGGACAUCCUGACAAAAAAUCUUCCUCCGACUCUGCUCAUCAGAGGAAAUCACAAGAGCGUGCUCACGUUCUACUCAUGAGGAGCUCGAUCGGCAAAGCACCGUGAAGCUGAAACGCCUCACAGUCAAGAUGAUCCCUGUUCAGAGAAUCUACAGGGACCGUGGAUGCCCUUUAGGUCUCCCAGACCAACGUCAAAGUGAAAUAUAAAUGUAUUUUGUCUGAUUUUUCAUUUUGACAAAACAAUGCAGAAAAUAUGAAAAACGUGUUCACAAGUUAAACAUAAGGAUAAUUUAUUAUCUGAUUUUCUGUCCCGGUGACCACAAACAUCUCGUGCCUGGUCUGGUACGAGAUGUUUUAUUAAUGCAAUUUAAAAUCCAACAACUUAACUAGCUUUAUGCUCUCUUGGAGACAUUUUCCAGCAUGACACCACUGCACAGCUAUUAAGACAAAUUGCUGUUGCAUCCAGUUUUGUUGUUUCGUUUGGAUGAACAAAGACCCCCGGCCGACACACAAGCUGCUGUAGUGUGACUGUAAAUAUAAAUGUAAAUAGAAAACCUCUGAAUAUUUUUAAACAUAAGAUUCAAUCAUGUAACAACAGAAUAUUAAUAUACUAUUGUUAAGUUAAUAUUAGUUAUUUGUACACUGUGGUAAUAAAAGUUUAAUUGGUAUACAUUCUCCAUUUAAAUGAGACACUAUUGUGCUACUUUUUUUUUACUUGGCUCAUAUUAUGUUGCUCCAAUGUUUAAUGUUACCAUGCACAACAUUUUAUGUAAAUAAAAAAAUUAAGUACGGUAGAAAUAAACAAAUCAAGGACAAGACUUUGAUCCCAAGCAAUCUUUUUUGUGAUUAUUUUGAAGAAUUAAAAUAUUCUGAAAUAAAGAAUAAAAUGUUUGCCUGGCUUGAA